UUUCCCCGCCAAUUCAACAGCUUGAGAACAGUCACCACGUGCUUUUGAUGACGCUAUCACGUCAAACAGUGUUUUGGUUGGAGACGCUUGGAUUCCUUGGAUUCUUAUCAUUUUUCUCUCUAAAAUCAUUGUGAAGUAUAAACCUUAGACAAUAUGGGCAGAAGAGGAGGACGACCAGGAGGAAAAUUUCAUGGGAAAAAGCGUAAAUUCCCAGGAAAUCAAGCAAAAACUGCAGAAGAAACCGACGAAUCGGAAAAUAUUCCCAGGGAGAUGGUUAACGUUCAGGAAAUUGAUGUUGGGAUCACAGAAUACGUUGGAGAUGCUCCAGGAUUUACAGGAAUCAUCAAGUGCAAAUAUUCUGACUUUCAGGUCAAUGAAAUUGACUUGGAAGGAAAUAUUGUAAAAUUAACAGACAUGUCGUUACCACAAUGCCCAAAUGCUCUGCCCGAAAAUACUGAAACUGACCAGCAGGACUCCCUCUUGUCGCUCACAACAACUGAAAAUCUUAACAAGCUUGUCACUGAUGAAAAUCCCGAUGGGUUUUAUGAAAUAGACGUGACAAAUUUGACAAAAGAUGAGAGAACAAAGAUUCACUCGAGUAUCCGGGAACAUUUUGGAAGUUCUCUAUUAUCAAAUACCAUCACCAAGGAUGAGAAGAAAAUCAUCAAAUGCUUCAAAGCUAAUAAAGCAAAACCUGAGCGUGAAAGACAUCGCUGGCUGUGGCCUCAUCAGUAUAUCUAUUUUGUGGUACACAAAACCAAUCUCGACACCAUGAGAGCUGCCACAUUCCUCGCCUACAACAUGGGAAUCAAACCUUCAGCUAUUGCUUAUGCUGGAACAAAAGACAAGAGAGCUCUAACGUCUCAGAUGUUUUGUAUAAAAAGAAGGGAACCAUCUAAAAUCCUUGAAGCAGCUAGAAGGACGCAAAAUAUACUUGUCGGAAACUUCUCAUGUCGUCCUGACGUCCUCAAAUUGGGUCAAUUGCGUGGGAAUCGCUUUCGAAUAGCUCUGAGAGAGAUUACAGUUGAUCGAGCUGUGAUUGAAAAGUCGUUAGAAAGUUUUAGGGAAAAGGGAUUUAUCAACUACUACGGAUUGCAGAGAUUCGGAAAUUCCGCUGUAGUUCCUACCUAUUCCAUUGGAAAGGCCCUACUGAAAGGAAAUUGGCAAGAAGCUUGUGAAUUAAUAUUGAAACCCCGUCCCGGAGAUCUUCCGAUCAUGCAACGUGUCCGGGAAUGCUGGUGGACAACCAAGGAUGCACAGAAAGCUUUGUCCUUAGUCAAUUCAAAGGAAAAAAGCAUCGAAUUGGAUUUGUUGAGAGGAUUGGCUCAACACGGAGCCAAUAAUUACAUUAAUGCUUUAGAACAGGUGCCAAGAAAUGCUAGGCUCCUGUAUAUUCACUCCUAUCAGAGUCUAAUCUGGAAUCAGGUAGCUUCUAGGCGUUUCAAGAUGGGAAUGAGUCCUGUUCAGGGCGAUUUAAUCCUUCGGGAGGAAGCUUCUGAAAAGCUUGAUGACUUCGAUAUUAUCUAUGAUGAACCGCAAGAUGAUGAUCAAGAACUUCCACAGGAAAAGGUUCAAGAAGAAUCAAAAUUCAAGAAUAUGGUGAAGAAGCUCACGGAAGAAGACGUAAUUUCUGGAAAUUACUCAAUUUUCGAUAUUGUUUUACCUCUUCCCGGACAUGAUAUAACAUACCCAGAAAAUAUAUGUGAAAAAUGGUAUCAGGAACUCCUGGCUGUUGAUGAACUCUCAUCUGAAAAAUUGAAACAAAAAGUCAAAACUUAUUCCCUAGGGGGUACAUAUAGAAAAUUGAUGGCCAAACCUGAUAAUCUGUCCUGGCGCCUGAUGAAAUAUUCAAGUACUAGAGACCUCCUUAUUGCCUCAGACAUUGAUGAAUUGAAAAGCAAACAAUUUCCCGAGAUUGCGACAGGAGAAAAAACAGCUUUAGUGCUGGAUUUCUGUCUUCCUUCUUGCACAUAUGCUACAAUGGCUCUCAGGGAAAUUCUAAAGACAGAUACUUCCACAGCAGCUCAGAUAAAGCUGAAUCCAAAGGAAGACAGAGUGGACAGAGUACCAGAAUCUGCCGUUAAAAGGAGCAAGAUUUGAAUUUUUGUACUAUGUCGCGUGUGUUCGCCACAAGAGGGACAAAAUAUACGUCAGAUUUUGCAGUGAAA